AUGAGCGCUCUUAUAGGAACUAAGGAUGACUUCAGUUGUGCAUGCUUUUUGGGAUAUGAGGGCGAGUUGUGUCAGCACAAGAUCGAUGGUUCAAACUUUCUCCUCCCAACCUUGCCGGAAACCUGUACAGCAGCUGACUGUAAUAAUCAUGGAGUCUGCGUUGGUACAACACAUCUUCCCUUUUGCCUGUGUAACCUUGGAAGGAUAGGAAAGUACUGUGAGGAUACGGUCAGCAGUCUAACUAACACUGACCCAACUGCGCCCCUAACUACAUGUUCACCAAGCGACUGUAACAAUAAGGGUAUCUGUCUCGGCACCAAGAACUCCUUUGUUUGCGCUUGCCAGUUAGGCUAUACUGGAAGCCGUUGCGAAAAUACUAACACUGACCCAACUGCGCCCAUAACUACAUGUUCACCAAGCGACUGCAACAAUAAGGGUAUCUGUCUCGGCACCAAGAACUCCUUUGUUUGCGCUUGCCAGUUAGGGUAUACUGGAAGCCGUUGCGAGAAUACACCAUUUUCUCUUUGUGACCCUCGUGAUUGCAACUCAAAUGGCUUAUGCCUUGGCACAAAGGAAAAAUUCACAUGUGCAUGCCAUCUUGGAUAUUCUGGUGAUAGAUGCGAGACCAUAUCUGGCACUAUGUGCGAAGCAUCCGAUUGUAACUCAGCUGGACUAUGUAUCGGCACCAAGAAACAAUUCUCAUGUGUUUGCAAUCUUGGCUACACUGGGGAAAGGUGUCAGAAUAGAGUCGGUACUUUACCCGGAUUCGAAGGAGCCAUAUGUGAAACGAAAGAUUGUAGUGGCAACGGAAUCUGCAUCGGAUCGAAACUGGCACCACUUUGCAUCUGCGCUCCAGGAUUU